AUGAUAAAGGAAAAUAUUAGAAUUCUCCUUUCUGAAUCAGAAUUGAAGAAUCUGUUUAAAAUAGACCAUUUCAGAUUCUGAGAUAAAACGGAUAGAUUCCAAAACGCUUUAAAAUAUGACAAGAAAGGACAGCAAAUUAUUAAGAAAUGCAUUUUUAAAUGAAAAAUUGUGCUGGAAAGCUACUUAAAUAAGAAACUAAUCUGAAUAGUAAGCUUCUUGCAUAGCAAAUAA